UGCGCUGUGUCACUCGGACACAGCGGAUCACCGAUCCAAGGAAAGAGCCAAAGAUGUCGGCUCGGUCAUGUGAUCAGCUGUGUUCAACCACAGCUGAUCACAUGGGACAUGUACACAGAUCAUCAGGGCACUGAUGAUCAGUGUGCCCUGAUGAUCUGUGUAGCACCAGCAGCGCCACCUGACAGUGUCCAUCAGUGCCAGCUCUCAGUGCUCAACCAUGCCACCUGCCAGUGCCACAUUUCAGUGCCCAUCAGUGCCCAUCUGAGCUGCCUUUCAGUGUCACCCAUCAGUGCCAGUCAGUGCCACCUAUCAAUGCCAGUCAAUGCCACCUAUCAGUGCUGCCAAUCAGUG